AUGACGCCCGUCACUGAUAUCCCAGUUCUCAUGGCAAAAGCAAGUAAAAACACACCUGAAAAAUCCACUAGCGAAGGCAAGAAGAACUCGAAGAUCACCGAGACCGGUAGUAAGAGAGGGUUGAAGGGUCGUGAAAAUAGCGUGAGAGAAGAGGAUGGUGAUGCUGUGAGCCUCGAGCCACCCAAAAUCGAGUGGACCGAAGAACUCACCUUUCAGAUGCUCACUGAGAUCACUGAAGACAAGGAUAUCAAACAAGGCUUGUUUCCAGUUCCUGGCUCGAAUCCAAGAAAUCAAGGUGUCCCAAAAACUCACUGGCAUUGGUACAUCAAAGUGAUGGGUGCCACAGGUGCCGGUAUCAAAAAGAGGUCUGAUGUGGAUAAAAGCCAUCAAAACCAAUUCGUGACAAAGUGGAUGGAGAUUGAGGGGGCAUGUCCUUACUUCUUUGAGAUGCGCGAGCUCAUUGGUCAGCGUCCGAACAACAUACCUGUUGGGCUCAGCAACAAUGACACUGAUAUUGAUGUGUCUGCCAUUAUUCGAAGCUCGCCUGACUAUGCUCCAGGUAAUGACUUGGGGGGGUAUGCCUCCGAGGAGUGGGAUAUCGAGAGGCAGACUCCAGAAUGUGGGAACGACUCGGCGAAGAAUGUUGCAUUGGUGCCUUCUGAAGACGGAAAACAUGUUGACGGUGUUCGGAAGCGACGGGGGACAGAAAACGAGAAGGCUCCAAGGAAAAAGAAGCAGAAAAAAGACGAGUUUGCUGAGAUCGUGCAGGCCGAAGAGGUGACACGGCAGAAGGAGAUGGAUGUUGCCAAGGUGAGAGCAGAAAAAGAUAUCAUGAGGGCCAAGAUCAAGUUGGCAAAGAUUGAAUUGGAGCGCGAGAAGUUAUGUGACCAGAGAGAACGAAGGCGAGAUUGA